GGUAUCUUUUACCUUAAAUGCUUCUUGUCUAAAACAAUUGUCUUUCUAAUCUUAACUUGAUUUCACGUAUAUAUUUAGAGCCACAUACAUAAACAUAGUUGCAUAUUUUGUAUAGAUUUGCUGAGAAAAAUGUGUGACAUGACAUUAAAUUGUCCAUCAUCAUCACGUUCUGUCAUCUUGUGACUCUGCAGUAAUAAAGGCUGAUCCACUAUAUAUCCACCCCUACACCCACUGAUGCAUGAAUAAGUGAUAAUACAGAUUAAGAUCUCGAAUUUGGCUGGUUCUGAAAAUGGGUUCUCGGAUUCAGCUUCUGGGUCUGUGUUUGUUGAGCUUCACUUUUCUUUUUGUGAACACACUGAGUGAAAAAGGGACUGUCACCAUUGAUGGGAAAUCUGCAAUCGGAAACAUUGAUGAUGAUUUUGUCUGUGCAACUCUGGAUUGGUGGCCUCCUGAGAAAUGUGACUAUGGGAGAUGCAGUUGGGGUCUUGCUUCUCUUCUCAAUCUGGACCUGAACAACAAGAUUUUUCUAAAUGCAGUGAAAGCGUUUUCACCGUUGAAACUAAGAUUAGGUGGCAGUUUGCAAGAUAAGGUAAAUUAUGGAACUGAAGAUUACCACCGACCAUGUACUCCUUUUGUUAGGAAACAAUCUGAAAUGUUUGGCUUCACGGAAGGGUGCCUCCCAAUGAAUAGAUGGGAUGAACUAAACAAAUUUUUUGCAAAAUCAGGGGCUAAGAUUAUCUUUGGUUUAAACGCUCUUGCUGGAAAAUCAAUACAAUCUGGUUCUGCCAUAGGACCUUGGAACUACACUAAUGCCGAAUCCUUUAUUCGAUACACUGUUGGAAAGAACUACGCCAUUCAUGGAUGGGAACUUGGCAAUGAGUUGAGUGGUAAUGGAGUGGGAACAAAAGUUUCUGCAGACCAAUAUGCUUCUGAUUUUGCUGCUUUACGAGCAAUAGUUGACAAUGCAUAUCGAGAGAUUCAGCCAAAGCCACUAGUCCUUGCUCCUGGAGGUUUCUUUGAUGCAGCUUGGUUCAAGGAAUUCAUAAGCAAAUCGGGUAAAUCUAUAGAUGUCGUCACCCACCACAUUUAUAACCUUGGAGCAGGAGUUGAUGAGCACCUUGAGGAAAGAAUUCUUAAUCCUGCCUCUCUUGAUGGUAUUGCAAGCACAUUCAAAGAUCUCAAAAGUGUACUCCAAAGUACAGCAACCUCAGCAACAGCGUGGGUUGGCGAGUCAGGAGGGGCUUACAACAGUGGCCGGCAUCUUGUAUCCGAUACAUUCUUGUACAGUUUCUGGUAUUUGGAUCAGCUUGGCAUGUCGGCUUCUUACGACACCAAAACAUAUUGCAGACAGACUUUGAUUGGAGGAAACUAUGGUUUACUAAAUACUACUACUUUCCUACCGAACCCGGACUACUAUAGUGCUCUUCUAUGGCACCGACUCAUGGGAAGGAGUGUGCUAUCAACUACCUUCUCUGGGACAAAAAAGAUACGAGCUUAUGCUCACUGUGCAAAGCAAUCUAAAGGAAUCAUAAUAUUAUUGAUCAACCUGGACAGCAGCACAGCAAUUGAAGCAGAAGUGACCUUAAGCGACAAUAAAUUUCUGCGGCACAGAAAGAUGGCUGAUAAUUCAAAAUUGACGGAACUUCCUCUCCGUGGUGCAAGCGGAACAGCUAGAGAAGAGUACCAUCUAACACCAGGGGGUGGGGAUAUACAUAGCCAAAUCAUGGUGCUAAAUGGAAACGCUCUAACUGUGAAUUCAGCUGGCGAUAUUCCUGCUUUGGAGCCUUUGUUUGUGAACUCAUCAAUGCCAAUAACGGUUGCUCCUUUCUCUAUUGUAUUUGCUCAUAUACCUGAUGCUGUUGUUGCAGCAUGCAACUAGCUAGCUAGGUGACACACCCCACGAAACCAAAAAAAUGGUUUCUCUUGGUGAUUGAGCAAACCAAAAGGAAAUAUAUGUUAGUUCUCAAUUUAUUGUUGAAGAACAGAAAACCAAUUUUUUUUAGGUUAGAACUAGGAUUUUGAUUGUUUUCCAUUUUGUUUACUUCCCAAUGUGUACCAUUGAAUUCAUUACGAUGAUAAAUUGCAAAUUGAAAGUGACAAAUAAAUUGAGAUUGAGAAUUGGUAUC